UGAAUGUGUGUGGCAUUUUGCAGGCUUUGAAGGAAGGUGGGGUGUUUGAUUUUAUAGCUGAAGAGAGCCUUAUUCUGCUGUUUAAAGUAAGAGUGUUGUUUUGAAUAUUUGAUUUUUGAUUUAUGGGUUUGAAGAAAUUGUCUGUAGAAAACUUAGCAAAAUUGAUAGGACAAUUUAAGGGAAAUACUGAAUUGGAACCUCCUCCUGAAUUGAAGAAACAAAAGGAGAAUAGAUUUUAUGCUAGUUAUCAGGUUUUUUAGCCUGAUUUGAAAAGUAAAAAAAUGGAUGAGGAAAUUAAUUCUUGGAUUAGGAGAACAAAAUUUUCUCAUACCAUUUGUCAUAGGUUGGAUGCAACAAGAUUGUCUUCUAUUCCUAUCACUUUCCAGCCUAGGAGUAUUGCAAGUGCCAAAACUAGACCUGAAACAGGUUCUCUUAAUUCAAGAACUAGUCUAGUUGUUAGGCAAAUUGUGCAAAAUCCGAGCACGAAUAAGCAGAGAGUAUUAUCCCCUCUUCCGAAAACAAAACUUUCCGAUACGUUUAAGGAAGCACGAUCUAGUCAGAGGAGGUUUUCGACUCCACAUCCUCAAAGGAAAGAACAUGAGAAGGGAAAUGUGAGUAAAUUGUUCCUCAAAGAUUCCCGCGAUAAGAAAGCACCUAGUUCCACGGUGAAGUUCAAUGACAAAUUAAAGAGCCGGAACCGGAAAGAUUCAGCAUGGUCAAAGUACUUUGAUCAUAGUGGACGUAGGGUUAUGUCCGUAGAAACAGCUGAUGAGUAUACGAUUGAUCUUUCUAAGCUAUUUCUUGGACUAAGAUUUGCUCAUGGUGCGCAUAGUCAGCUUUACCAUGGAAUAUAUAGGGAUGAACCUGUUGCAGUGAAAAUGAUAAGACUACCUGAUGAUGAUGAAAAUGGAGAUUUAGCAACUCGGUUGGAGAAUCAGUUUAGCAGAGAAGUUACUCUCUUGUCUCAACUCCACCAUCAAAAUGUUGUGAAGUUUGUAGGUGCAUGCAGAAAGCCACCGGUUUUUUGUGUUGUGACUGAGUAUUUAUGUGAGGGUUCUUUGAGAGCAUACCUUCACAAGCUUGAGCAUAAGUCCCUGAACUUACAAAAAUUGAUUGCACUAGCCUUGGAUAUUGCUCGUGGAAUGCAAUAUAUUCACUCACAAGGCGUUAUUCAUCGGGAUCUCAAGCCGGAGAAUAUACUUAUCAAUGACAAGUUCCGCCUCAAAAUUGCAGAUUUUGGAAUUGCUUGUGAGGAAGCAUAUUGUGAUCUUUUGGCUGAUGAUCCAGGUACUUAUCGAUGGAUGGCACCUGAGAUGAUUAAACGAAAGUCAUAUGGUCGGAAGGUGGAUGUUUAUGGUUUUGGACUCAUUUUAUGGGAAAUGGUCGCUGGAACCAUACCUUAUGAAGAUAUGACACCAGUACAGGCUGCUUUUGCUGUUGUCAACAAGAAUAUGAGACCACCUAUUCCCGGGGAUUGCCCUCCUGCCAUGAGAGCUUUGAUCGAACAAUGUUGGUCUUUGCAACCAGAAAAGAGGCCCGAGUUUUGGCAGCUUGUAAAGGUAUUGGAGCAGUUUGAAUCUUCAGUUGCGCAUGACGGGACUCUGAAUCUAGUACAAAAUUCAAUGUUUCAAUGUCGCAAGAAGGGUUUUCUUCAUUGGAUCCAAAAACUUGGAUCCGCACAUCAAAACACUUCAUCUUAGCCAUAAGCCUUUCUUAUGAGUUCCCGGAUGAUCUAGCUUUCGUAGUUUCACCGGGUCCCGCUGUAAUUCGAAAAGGUUUCUGUUCCUUCUGCUAUGUUUUUUCUGCCUCACCAUUAUACUAAUGCGUGAUUAGGUUGUAGGUGUGCAUUGAGGUGAAAUGCUUCUGUAAUUUUACAUGAUAGAUAACAUGGAACAUGGUCACCAGAUUUUGAGUGUGAUUGCAGAUUGCCUUUCGAUGGCUAGGAGUAACUUGACUGAAAUAAAAUUCUCUUUAUCCUUUUUAAA